AUUGUUUUUAUUCAAAUUUUCAAAUCAAAUUUGAAUUUUGGCUGUGUUCACUGUUACUGUACUGUUCAUGUGCUAGUGCCUUUGUAUAUUUACUGUGGAACAUUAUUCAGCUGCAGUAUUUUUGAUGAUGAUGAUGACAUAAAUAUGUGUUUCAACAAUGCUGCAUUAAACUGAAGCUCAACUUCACCAAAUAUAUUAUUGUAGGAUUAUGUACAACAGCUGUGGCCUGAUUCCUGCUAGAUUCUUGAUUUUGGUAGCCCAUUUAAUAGUUUGCAUUGUCUUAAUAUGGAACCACCAGGAGAGUGUGAAAACCUGUUUGAUGGGAGUGCUGAGGGAUAUAAGAGAGGAAGUAUUAGACAGUCACCAUACACAGACAUUUCUGUUGAACGGCCAGGAUGGUCAAAACUUCUUAUAUUAGCUGGAGUUUCGACAACAGUAGGCCUUUCUGUACCCGUUGGCUACAACAUUGGUGUCGUGAAUACACCGGCAGAGAUCAUCAAAUCGUUCUGUAAUGAAACCGUACGUACAAGGUUCGACACCCAACUGUCCGAAAACGGUUUGGAACUGAUGUGGUCCUUCAUUGUCUCCGUAUUUUUGGUGGGUGCUGCCGUAGGGUCGCUAGGUGGCUCUGUGUUGGCAGACAAAAUCGGACGCAAAGGUGUCGUCAUUUUGUGUACGAUUCUUGCCGCAAUUGGAGCCGUCGCCUUUUGGACAACGAAAGCGAUCAACAGCAUAGAAUUGCUAUUGGCAGGACGAAUUUUAGUUGGAUUAUCUGCCGGAUUAACAACAAGCGUUGUUCCGAUGUACUUAACAGAGUUGGCUCCCCUUCAUUUGAGAGGUGCUACAGGGGUGCUGUGUCCAUUAGGGGUUACUAUAGGAGUAUUAUUCGGGCAGAUCAUAUCUCUGCAAAGUGUAUUAGGUACUGAAGCCUUUUGGCCUCAUUGCUUAGCAGCCUUUGUACUACCUGUUUCAGUAUCUGCAUUAACACUGCCAUUUUUGCCAGAAAGUCCGAAAUAUCUGUUUGUAAUUAGAAAACAGCCACAUGUUGCCUUAAAACAAUUGCAGAAAAUCAGGGAUAUGAAAGAAGAAUUUCUCGUUGGGGAGAUUGAGGAUUUGAAAUUAGAGCAGCAAGACAAUGAGUUAAAUGCUGGGCAUACUUGGAAUGUACUUAAAGUGCUGUCUGACAAAUCGCUUUUAUUGCCUCUGGUCUUGGUUUGCUCCCUACAAGCAGGACAACAGCUCAGUGGAAUCAAUGCUGUGUUUUACUAUUCAAAUAAAAUCUUCAAGGAAGCAGGAUUGAGCAAAUCAGAAAACGAGCUGGCCACUAUUGGGACUGGCAUUUGUAAUAUGUCAAUGGCAGUACUUUCGAUAUUUGUCAUGUCAAAAUUCAACAGAAGAAUCUGCAUACAAAUAAGUCUGCUAACAUCUGCAUUUUUCUUGAUUUUGCUGGGAAUAGCAAUAAUCUACAUUAAAUCAUACUCCUGGGUGCCUUACUUGAGUAUCGUCGGAGUGCUAGGCUUCGUCCUCUGCUACGGCCUGGGCUUGGGCCCCAUACCCUACUUCGUGGGAUCUGAAUUAUUCGAAGUCGGACCGAGGCCGAGCGCCAUGGCGCUAGGCAGCAUGUCCAAUUGGGGCGCCAAUUUCGUCGUGGGAUUGACGUUUCCUCUCAUGCAAUCGACCAUUGGGGCUUCCUCGUUCUUCAUUUUUGCGGGGUUGGUUCUGGUUCUGUUCGUGUUAUUGAGAUUCUAUCUUCCUGAAACUAGGGGAAGAGAUGUGAUAGAGAUUGUAGAAUUAUGUCGUGAUGGUUUCGCUUCAAAACCACUAAGACAUCGUGAGAACACAUUACAAAAUAUUGAUGAAGCCAAAAAGUUGGAUGCUCUUCAGAAUGUUUGACAAAAUUUCACGACUGAUUAUUUUAUUCGUGAUUCAAAUCUUCCAUUCGAAAGUGCUUUUUUAUUUCAUCAUUUGAAUCUAUUUCUUCAGGUUCAUGAUCACAUGAAAUGAAGAACUUUUAGUUUUUUUUGUAUCUGAACGGGGUUCACGGCGAUAAUACCAAAGUAUUAUUUAUUAUUUUCAGAAAACAGUUGGCAAUUUGUUUUGUGAAUUUACGUUCGAAAAUAGUUUUUAGCAAUUUGAUAUUUCUAGCAGUCU